UCGCCGGCUCGGAGCAACAACACCCGCGGCCCGUCCGGCGCCCCCACGUCCGCGCGGCGACCCCGUCUCCCCGGUGGUCCGCGUCGUUUCCGGCAGCUCCCGCACCCAGGGCCAUGGCCGCCGCUGGGGGCGCCCGGGUCCUGCGCGCCGCCGCCUCCGCGGCCCUCCGCGGCCCGGCCCACCGCUGGCUGUUCGUCGGCGGCGUCGGCGCGAGGGCGGGCGUCGUGCUAGGGGGAAGCCGGCCGCUGAGCUUGUCGGCGCGGGCGUGGAGCAGCUCAGAAGAUAAAAUAACAAUCCACUUUAUAAACCGUGACGGUGAAACAUUAACAACCAAAGGAAAAAUUGGUGACUCUUUGCUAGAUGUUGUGAUUGAAAAUAAUCUGGAUAUUGAUGGUUUCGGUGCCUGUGAGGGAACCUUGGCUUGCUCUACCUGCCACCUCAUCUUUGAGGAUCACAUUUAUGAGAAAUUAGAUUCCAUCACUGAUGAGGAGAAUGACAUGCUAGACCUGGCUUAUGGACUAACAGACAGGUCACGGCUGGGCUGCCAAAUCUUAUUGACCAAAGCGAUGGACAACAUGACUGUUCGCGUGCCGGAUGCAGUGGCCGAUGCCCGGCAAUCUGUUGAUGUGGGCAAGAACUCCUAAGCUACAGUAAAAAGAAGUAUUUUCAUGACCCUUUCCUAUUUUUAUAAUUAUUUCCAGUAUAAUUAAAUGAGAACCAUUGUGGAUACACUUAUUAUUCAGACUGGCUUUACUAUUUUAAUUCACCUUGUAUAACCACUCUAUUUUGUAGUACUAGAGGUACUAUAAAGUGUACUAUUAUAUGCCAGCUAAAUAUUAAAAAAUAGCCGAUGUGUCAAGAGCCUUCUGUAUCUGACUUUAUGUGUGUUUAGUGACUUCCCUAGAAAGGGAAGUUAGGAAAAGGUAUUACUUGUGUUUGGUGUAGGAGGAGGAAGAGACCUAAAUGACCGAAGUAGGACAUUUAACUAAUUCAAAAAUCCCACUGGAACCCAAAUCUCGUUCUUGUGAGUUUUAUGUUCACACCGAAGCUGGAGACCUUAGGAUCUUAAAGGUACAGCAACAGUUAAAUAUAAAUAUGUAUGGAAAAGAUCUAAUUGCUCAGUAAAAUGCUUAAUUUUAAGACAGUUACUUUCCAAUACAUAUUUCAAAAUUUUGAUUCAGUAAUAAAUUGAACGUAGUCAUUUUAAUACUGUUAAACUUGAUAUCUGUUCUGAGUAAAUCAAGGGAAUAACUAAAAUUAGAUGUCUUUACACUUAUCUAAGCGGUAUAUUUGUAAUCUCUUGAAAGUAAUGUUGAUUUGUAAAUUACUGGCUCUACAGAAUGGAAAUCUUGAUGAUUUAGGUCUCUAUGUCCUGAGCCAGAGGAUGUGAUUAGGCAGCCACUGCGUAGCCUGGAUUGGAUACUUUCCCUCCUCAUGGUGCAGGGCCGGGCACACUUCUCCCUCAUGGCCUGUGCAGCUUCGGAACAAUGUCGCAGUCCCAGAGGGAGGGAGGGAGCUCGGUGCCACAUGUCAACAUUUUUCUAUGGAAGACACUUGAAUCUUUAUCUGUACUACAAAUAAAUUUGUAAAACACAACAAAAGGC